GAAGAAUGAAUCACUGACCUAAAAACAGAGACGGGGAGAUUAGGGCUAUGGCGUUAGAAGGGAGCUAUAGAGAGAAGGGCGUCGGCUUCGAUGAGAAAGAUGACACAUGCCCGCCGAAGAAGGCAAUCAAAGUGAUACGUCCCGAUGAUGAAUUUGUGGAAAGGGAUUUUAGAAUGAAUCCGAUAGUCAUCAAUAUCUUUUCCGGUCCACCCGAUCCCUUGGACAUCUCCGGUGCCACUAUUAUUACCGUCGAUAAUGAAUAUAUCAAACAAAUGGGUGCCUAUCCCUCUCUUGUUCGUAUUUUUCAGGAGCAAUGCCUUGACCGCAGGAUCUUGCAGAGAAUGUUUUAUCUGGCUCUGGCUCUGGGAGUAGGCGUCAGGGUGAUUGGUGGUGGAGCGAUUCAGUCCGAAGUAAGGUGGAAGCUAAGAAGGUGGCAUAUUUGAGGUACAUGGGCUGCAAUGUUGAGGAAGAAAGAACGGCGUUACGAGUGGAGUACAAGAAGGCACGUAAAGAAGCCAAGUUAGAGGUUACGAGGGCAAUGAAUGCCGCUUUUGAACGCCUCUACAAGGAUAUUGAGGAGAAAGGCAGGGUUAAUACACUGUUCCGGCUUGCUAAGGUGCGUGAGAGGAAGGCCCGAGAUCUGGACCACGUGAGAUGUGUGAAGGGGAGCGAUGGUAGAGUGUUAGUUGAGACUGCCAAAGUGGCUAAGCGCUGGAGGGAGUACUUUUGUGAACUCUUAAAUGCGGGAGGAGACCAGAGGCUAGUUCUUGAUGAGCUGGGGCAGUCCGGGGCGUCUCGGGUGUAUUGUCGACGCAUUUGCCUGGGAGAGGUGGUUCGGGCUCUUCGAGGGGUGCGUAGUGGGAGAGCUUUGGGACCAGAUGAGAUUCCGGUGGAGUUUUGGAAGCAUGCGGGCCGUGGUGCGUGGGUUUGGUUAACCAAACUCUUCAAUGUUAUCUUUCGGACAGCAAGGAUGCGUGAUGAGUGGAGGGAGAGUCUCUUGGUCCCCUUGUUUAAAGGUAAAGGUGACAUUCAGAGCUGCGAGAAUUACAGAGGCAUCAAACUCCUUAGCCACACCAUGAAGGUUUGGGACCGAGUCAUUGAGUUUAGGGUGCGUAAAGGGGUAUGCAUCUCUGAGAACCAGUUUGGUUUCAUGCCUGGCAGAUCGACUACAGAGGCCAUUCACCUCGUGAGGAGGUUAAUGGAAGAGUAUAGGGCUAGGAAGUAGGACCUUCAUAUGGUGUUUAUUGAUCUUGAGAAGGCGUAUGAUAGGGUGCCAAGGGAGGUCUUAUGGAGGUGCCUAGAGACGAGAAGAGUUCCCAUCGCGUACACUCGCGCGAUCAAGGAUAUGUACGAUGGGGCUAUGACUAGGGUAAGGA